CUUCACUGCAUAGUCUCUUCAAUGAUAAUCAUGACCUGUAGUAACCGCAUCCGCCAGCCCUUAAUGUCACGAGUAUUCAGAGCUAAAAAACCCCGAAUUCAAAUCAGUAAAGAAGUCAACUCCUUCCUGUGUCGCCAUCUAUCGGUAGUCGUCAUUAUCGUUUUUCGUGCAGCCCGCGUCACGCGUUCUCCCGAUUCAAUUAAGAAAAUUAAGGAAAUUAUUAAUAAUUUCAAAUAGAAUACUAUGCCAGGACAUAGAAAACGUAAGAGGGAAUCAAGUGAGGAAAGAUUACAAAGAAAACUGAAGAAAUACGAGCAAAAAUUAGAAAAAGUGCGCACGAGGCGACGGCCGCCAUCACCGGCGCCCACGCUGCAGAGCGUUCACACAGAAAUUGACGCCGCCGGAAUAUCUCCGUCACCUCAUCAUAAUGAGGAAAAUAAUUUCAUCACGAAACCUAACGAUGAAAACACAGAGAAUGCCCUUGAUGAGGAAAUCAUCAAUAUACUGGGCGAUGCUCCAGAUGAACUAUCGUAUGGGCCCCCCAUUCAUAAAGAGCUGGCACUGAGAUGGAUAAAUGCCAUCAAGAAUGGCUUACCAAAAGAAAAGAAAAAAGAAAUCAUGAAAAAGUAUCUUCCUCCUGAGAAUUGCAAAACAAUAGAUGCCCCAAAGUUGAAUUUGGAAGCCCAAGCAGCUGUCCCUGAGGCAGCAGUCAAGAGGGACAAGGCCAUCGCUAGCAAGCAAAGCCAAAUAGGCUCGGCGCUUACAGCGCUCGCCAUGGCGUUUGAGAAACUAUCCAAGAAUGCAAAGGAAAAUAUAUCAAUUAUAAAUUAUGUGAGUGAUGCUGCUCGCCUACUGUGCGACCAUCAAAACCAGGAGUCUAAUAUGAGAAGAAACUUUAUAUUACAAGGAUUAGAGCAAACUACUCGGGACUCUGUAAAAGAUACAGAAAUCGACCAAUGGUUGUUUGGGGAAAGCUUUGCAGAGAAGCUGAAAGCUUCAAAAGCUAUUAAGAAAUCUGGCCAAGAAAUAAGUCUAAAUAAACCAAAGAAAGCACAGCAACAGACACAGCGAAAGCCUUUAAACUACAAGGGCCCGGCGAUGAAUCAAUACAGAGGUCAGAGAAUACACACCGGGCCACAACGCUACUACCAGAACAGGAAACAUCGAGCGCAAUUACCACCACCACAGAAGAUACAGCCCAAAGCACCACCGAGAUCAACGAGCAAUCGCAAUUAA